AUGCGCGAGUUUAUGGACUAUGUCCACAGCGCCUUCUACGAAGCUACCGGAUGGAAUCGCGACAACUCAUACGCAGCUCUGAAUGUGACUAGUGAUGGUAAGGACCCCGGCGUCUUUGGAGCUUUGGCCUUGAUACUGACGAGGAUACUUGCAGCUCUGCUAAACUUCCAAACCCCUCGCGGGUUGCGACUCACCCUCUCCUCCCUUGCGAGCCCAAACUUUGCGACAUCUUACCAGCUCGGUUCAGUUGGUAUCGUCGAUGGCUCUAUCUCAUACCUCUUCUCGUCUGUACCGCUUCGACUUCUCUUGACACCACAAUCCGAAACGGUCAAUCUACCCGAGCUUCUGCGUUCAUACAAGCCCCUCACCGAACUACCACACCGAGCCAAUCCUCUACUUCAGACAGCACAGGACAAACCCGACUCGUCGCUUCUAUAUGGCCGAUUUUACCUACCCCAAGCCCUGCUCGAGGCUCUAGUGGUCAAGCGAUUUACACCUGCGCUUCAGGUCCAGCUCAGCGCUGUAUCCGCUCACCACCUUAAGAACGGUGGCACAGUCCUGGGCCUGGCGCAAUAUGACGUGGGAAAGUACGCACUUGAAGGACUGGCGUCCUCAGACGGAGGAUUACUCGGUUUCAGGGGCGUAUAUAAUUUCGGCGGUGAUGCCGAAAAACCGACAGACCAAGCGCCAGUUGAUAACGACAGGGAGAGGAUAUAUGGCCGGUUCAGCACUGGUGGAGAAGUCUAUUACGGUACGUUGAACAAGUCGGGUGGAAUCAGCGUAGGAACCCGGUUCGCGACAUUGCCCGCACACAAGGGCACGCCGUUAUCCGCGACAUUGACCCUCAACCCCUUGAUGGGUAAUAUUAGCGCAAGCUAUGCCGUGGUGGCUGGAAGGCAUUGCAGCCUUGCCACGCGGAUGGAGUUCAAUGUCUUCAGCUACGAAAGCGCUUGGGCCAUUGGCAUGGAACUCUGGCGGAAACCAUUUACUCGACCAGUCAUUGAAGACGAACCAGUUGUUGAAGACAAAGUGGUCCUCGAUGAGAAACCAGAAGAAAAACGACCGAAGGAGCGCAGCUUCCAGGCUAAGCUGGAAUGGCGCCUGGAUGAACCCGAGCCAGUUGUCGUCAAGCCACCAUCGCCGCCGCCUCCUCCACCAAAGGAAGAGAUAGAACCUGAAAAGCCCGGAGAGGAAAGAUAUGCUGGUGUGCUCAAGACCCGUCUGGACCAAAACAUGCGGAUAGGGGUGCUGUGGGAGGGACGGGUCAAAUCACUCCUAUUCAGCUUGGGCAGUGGGAUCGACCUGAGGAAGCUUGACAAGCCCUUCCGAACGCUCGGAUUGGAGAUUCAGUUUUCGUCAUGA